AGCUAUGCUCCGACAAUUAGGGCUGAAUAGCUAUUUUUCCUGUUGUGAAUAUUCAGGGGUAAAUAAUAAAACUGUUUGAGAGCGUCCACCACCCACAGCGUUUCACCAGCUGGCUACACGGUGUCUGCCCAGCUGUAUUGGUCAGUCAGAGGAUGCUCGCCACCUAUCACGUUGCUUCGUUCAGUUUCUUCAUAUAGCUAGAUAUUUUAUCAGCAACAUCAACGCUAUUUUAUACAUCAGAGUCAGGGAUUAGCACACGGAACACCCUUAGUUCAUAUUUGCACUUGACAAGCGGUCUGCUCUCCUGAGGUAGACCACUGAUGGAGCAGCGACAUACAGGCUCUGGGGACAGUCGUUGUCAUGUUUCCAUGUGUUUCCUCCUGGCCCUCUGCUGAGCCCCCGUCGCCCUGCGGCCAUGCCUCCCUGCCCACACACACACACACACAGCCCCUGCCUGACCUACUGUGCCGCUGCCCCGCCCCAAAGAUGAACCCCCACCCCGUCCCAGACUACAUGGAGUCCCUUAUCGUGGUGACUGAGUACGAGCCCAAGGGGGGUGAGGAGGAAAUGGAGUGCUCUGAGACCCCUGAGCACGGCGCGCUCCCCUUCAGAGCCCACUCCUGCGACCUGCUGUCCCACGCUGUCGGCCGCCCCGAGGCCCUGUUCCCUGAGCCCCAGGAGCACCGGGGAAGACUAAACCUGUCAGACCGGAAGCUGUCCCUGCAGGAGCACUCCCAGACGGCCUCGUCCCCCAACGGGCGCUACAUCUACCCCUCGCUGCCCUACUCGCCCAUCACCUCGCCCCACUCCUCCCCCCGGCUGCCCCGUAGACCCACCGUGGAGUCUCACCGCGUCUCCAUCACUGACCUGCAGGACUGCGUGCAGCUCAACCAGUACAAGCUGAAAGAUGAAAUCGGAAAGGGCUCCUAUGGUGUUGUCAAGCUGGCCUACAAUGAAGACAACAACACCUAUUACGCGAUGAAAGUGCUGUCCAAGAAGAGGCUGAUGAGGCAGGCAGGUUUCCCACGGAGGCCACCCCCCCGCGGAGCCAAAGCAGCCCCUGAAGGCCCCCCUCAGCCAAAAGGACCCCUGGAACGUGUCUACCAGGAGAUUGCCAUCCUAAAAAAGCUGGACCAUCCCAAUGUAGUGAAGCUGGUGGAGGUUCUUGACGACCCUGGUGAGGACCAUCUGUACAUGGUGUUCGAGCUGGUCAAAAAGGGGGCUGUAAUGGAGGAGCUGCCCACGGACAAGCCGCUGAAUGAGGACCAGGCUCGGUUCUACUUCCAAGACCUGGUCAGGGGGAUUGAGUUCUUGCAUUACCAGAGGAUCAUCCACCGGGACAUCAAGCCCUCUAACCUCCUGGUCGGCGAGGACGGUCGCAUUAAGAUCGCUGACUUUGGGGUCAGUAACCAGUUUGAGGGGGCAGACGCCCUCCUGACCAGCACGGUUGGCACGCCCGCCUUCCUCGCCCCCGAGACCCUCUCCGAGACCAGGAAGAACUUCUCUGGCAAGGCAUUGGAUGUUUGGGCCAUGGGAGUGACGCUUUAUUGUUUUGUGUUCGGAGUGUGUCCCUUUAUGGAUGAAAGCAUCCUCAGUCUUCAUCAGAAGAUCAAGACCCAGCCAAUGGAGAUGCCAGAGCAUGCAGACAUAUCUGACGAUCUGAAAGAUCUGCUACUGAAGAUGCUUGACAAGAAUCCAGAGACCAGGAUAUCAAUACCACAGAUUAAGGUGCACCCAUGGGUGACACGGCACGGAGCGGAGCCACUCCCUCUGGAGGAUGAUAACUGCUGCAUGCUGAUCGAGGUGACUGAGGAGGAGGUGGAGAACUCUGUCAAACACAUCCCCAGCCUGGCCACUGUGAUCCUGGUGAGGACCAUGCUGAGGAAGCGAUCCUUUGGGAACCCCUUUGACUGGGGCCGUCAGAGAACCGAAGACCGAGGCACCAGUCUGUCUGCACCAGGACACAUGCUCACGAAACAAGAGAGUGGGGAGGGCAUGAGAAGUGUGGACCUGCCCUUCGUGGGCGAAGAUGAGGCUCUUUCCUGAUGUGGUGUGGUUUUUCAGCGCGAGGGUGGGGGCAUGCUAGCGAAUUAUGUUGGGGAAGCCACUAAUGUUUUUUGUGGAGGAAGACAUGACCGUUGGAAGAGCUCCAGGACUUCUGUUGGGAUGUGACUGGAGCCUGGGAACCCUUUUGGUGAAAGCUCCCUCCUGACUGUGUCACUCACUAACACCCGUCUGUAAUGCAUGCUCAUGUUUCUAGUCAUAGCAUGCUCUGUCUCAGGCUUCUGAUGUAAAGGUCUGUAUUAGCUUAGGGACACGUGUUUCUCCACCCUCUCCUCCAUUUGAAAAUGCUCUCAUGUUUACUGCAGGGCUAUGGGGCCGGGAGGGGGUGUUUGUGGAUGGUUGUACAUUUCAAGGGGUGACUCCUGGCCCCCACAUUUUAGUAGAGCAAGUUACUUGACCAUGACUGUCUGGACCACUCAUCAUUAAUGUGGCCAGUUUUGAAACAGUAACCAGGAGAGGUUUAUUGAAAUGAAAAAGGUUUACUAGCUACAUUCAUAGUAUGCAUGUGAGUUUGUUUUCUUUUCCAAUGCAAACAUUGUAUAUGCUACGUAAGUUGCACAUUCGUAGAAUGAGUUAUUGAUGCACAAUCUAUUUGAUUUAUUAAGUCCUCACUAAUGGUUUGUUGUAAAAUGUCUCCCAGUUACUACAACUGGUAAAGAGCUUUUAAAAACUAAAUGUUUUCUAAUAUGUUUUACUUCUCGAACGUGCGGAGGGUGAAGGAUGAUACAGUGUUGAAGCCCAAAUCAAAAUAAUGUGUUUUGUGGCAUGUUUGUUUCUUUUAAACUUUUUAUAUGGUAAUAGAUUUACGGAUGUGGUUUUAAAACAUCUCAUUUUCAGAACACCAAAAAUAAAAUAAAUUGUGUAUUUUGUAAA